CAAUCCCCCAGGAAAAGGGUCUGCGAGACACUGGGCAUCUCUACCCUCACCUAGCCUGGUCCAUUGUGAUCUCCCGGAACCUGGCACAGAUGUUAAAUUAGGUCCCACAGGGCUUAUAUGAAAGGGGGUGGGAGUAAUGGGCAAGCCAUCCACGGUUACACGUCUGGUCUUCUGAAUUCUGCGUAUCAUUGUACUCCACCAUUACUAAAAAGAUGGAAGGCUAUCCAGCAAUGCUUUCGCAAGUCAGCGGAACCUCUGGGUUUCCUACCUCAGACACUGAGCUGCAAAAACUUUUGAUUGAUGAAAGAAUGAGAUGCGAACUUCACAAGACAAAUUAUCAAACCAUAAAGGCAGAGCAUACCAGGUUGCAGGAUAUUUAUGAAAAGUCCCAGAAGGACCACGAACGAAUGCUGUCUGAGAAGCAACGCACACUUGAGAAACUUCAGCUCUUUGUAGAAGAGAUACGCGGGGAAUUAUUGGAUAAAACCAGAGAAAUGGAGAAUCUCAAGCUACAAGUUUUAUCACCUCAGAAAAUAGAACUAUUAAAAAUUCAAAUUCAGCAAGAUCUUGAAGCCACAGUGAAGGAACGCUUCCAAAAACUAAACGAAGAAGCAGAAAAAUAUAAAGACGAUUAUAACAAAUUGCGAUAUGAAAACACCUUUCUAAAAUCACAGUUUGAGCAUCAAAAGGAACAGCAUGCCCGCGUUUGGGAGGAACAAAAGAUGAAAUAUGAAGCAGAGAUUUCUGCUUUGGAAAAGGAUAAGGAGGAGUUGAAUAAUCAGAUCGUAAGUGUUGAUCACACAAGAGACGGCAAGCGAGUGGAAGAUCUUCUGAGGGAUAAAGCUCACUUGCUUCAAAAAGUAAAAGGCUUGGAAGAUGAAGUGAAAGAGCUGCGAGCCGAGAGAGAACAUUAUGGCUCUCAGGCCGAAAACGUUCAGAGGAUACAGGUUCGACAAAUGGCGGAGACGCAGACAACAAUCCGAUCUCUGGAGUCCGAAAAACAGUCUGUGAAACUGCAACUUGAACGUUUGGAAAAAGAAUUCCAAUUGUCCACAGAACAAAACCACACCCUCACUACUAAACUGCACAGAACAGAGCGGGAAGCUAAUGAGCUUUCUACAAGAAUUGAUGAAAUCAAAUAUGCUCACAAAAUUGAAAUUGAUAACAUCAAGCUAGAAGCUGAACGAAAAAAGAAUGAUGCAGAGAGAGAAAGAGACAAGAUCAAAAGUCAACUAGAUGCGGUGGAAACGGAUAAUGAAAUCCUGAAAGUAAACCUAGAGCGUCAAAAAGAAUUACUGACCGAAAAAGAGCGCGACUUGAUCCGCAAAGUACAGGCAGCCAAAGAGGCGGGAUUUCACCAGAUUGCGGCUCUUGAAGAUGAAAGAUUGGAUUUUGAAAAUCGGAUCGCUGAACUUGAGAAGUAUAAAAUGGACCAUGAUAACCAAAAGCAGUCAGAAAUCAGUCAACUGGAAGAGAAAAUCCGCAUUGCCCAGUUAGCAGAAGAAUCCACCCGAAGAGAGCUCCAAAGCUUGAGGUCAAAACUUCAACAGCAAAUGGUUUACACAGAGCAGCUGCAGAAAAGCAAACGAGAUGAAACAGAUCUUAAACAGGAAAUUAAAGAAUUGAAAAUUCAGGUAACUUCUAUGUCAGAAUCAGAAAACCACUUAUUACGCACUAAUGAAAAGCUGCAAGAAAACGUAGAGAGGUUAAAACAGGAAAUACGUAACACAAGAAGCCAUGCAGAACGCGUCCAGCAUGAUGCGGAGAAGGAACUAGAGGGGAACCGUAUUGAAUGGUUGGAGGAAAAGCACAAUUUGCAGGAUCAGCUCUCUCAAUUACGAGAAAAAUACAAUCAGGUUAAAGGAAAACUACAACGAGCUGCUGCAGCGCAGAAGAAGAGAAAGACGUUAAAUGAAAACAGGUGCCGAAAGCACGAGGAAAGAAUUGAGCUCUUAGAGGCAAAGAAAGAAGAACUUGAAACCCAGAUACACGUGUUGAAUCGGCAAAACGUUCCUCGUGAAGAGUGUGGCAGACUUCAGAAACGGCUCAAGGAUCUGCAACGUAGACAUAAUGAAUUUAGGGGCUUAAUUUUGGGUCCAAACAUUCCAGGUUCUGGUCUCCUGAAUCCGCCCCAUCUGUCCUCCACGAUCCUUCCAGGAGCUGAAUUUUCAUUCUAUAAUAUCCAGGAAGAGCAUCAUCAAAGAGAACUCUCUUUGGUUCGCAAGAGACUUGAGGACUUGGAAAUGACACAAAAGAAACAAUUGGAGGAGCUUGGUCCUCCUAUCGAACGUGUUCGACCUGAAACCAGUAAUUUAGGAGUACUGCAUGGAAAUCUAGAGACAGAAGAUCUAAGUGAACUAUCUGAUUCUGCUGGACAGCCAAAAUGUGAAUGAACUUGUGAUUAUUUCAUGUCUUUUUUUAUUUA